GGGAUUAAUUAUGGUUUGUUAUUUACUAAAAUAUUUGAAAGAAGCUGAUGUUAGAUGAAUAUAAAUAUGUAAUCAUUUAUAUAUUAGCGUUUUAAACUUAUCAUUCCAAAAGUUUAAAAAGGGCUACAUAAUAUCAGAGUUUUGAAAAUCAGUUUUGUAUUCAAGAUUUUUAUUUCAGCUAUGUUUGAAAUUUAUUCGGAAGUACGAGCCAUUAUAUCCUCAAAUGUGGUCAGUGCUAUUGAAGGAUGUGUAUUUGACGCAAUCAAAGAACGAAUCUUUACUGCUAAAGUAGAAGAAGUAACGGCUGAAGAUGAGAUACAAUACCACCUCUCUGGUACAUUGGAUGGAAUCCUCAUAGCUAAAAAUAAGCUGGAAGAAUUACUGAAUAGCAUACACAUAAAGAGGCUAGCCAAAGAAACCAAUGAAUUAGAUAACACUACAUUAUCAGAAGAAAACAGCAGUCUUGCCGAUGAAGGUAACACAUCUUAUGAUAAGGAAGGUACAGACAAAACUUCUUGUUUAUCAGAUGACAAAGAACAUGAAACAAAUGCAUCAUCUAAUGGCUAUGUGAGCACUAACACUGAGAGCAGCGUGAAGACUUUGAGGAUGAAACCUUUAUCAAAGAAAUUGAGGUUUUUCUUGAAAGAGCGUCCGAGAAGUAGCCAGCGUACCCGAGCAAGACUUGCCCUUCAGCUGAGAACCUUGAAAAAGAAAUCAAUUCUUCGAAAUAAGCCCCAAAGAGUGUCGAGGGUUUUACGUAAUGAUCCUGACCGAUUGAUUGAAAAUCUUCAACAAAUGAAAUUGGCAACUGAAGAUUCUGAUGUGGAUUCAGGUGGAACAGAUGGAAAAAGCAAAACCCAUGUGAGGCUACCUUGUAAAGCAAGGAAUCAUGAUUCAGUUUCUGGGUACAAACACUUCUGUGAAUUGUGCUCGUUCAAAACAAAACGCAGUAGCCAUUUUCUGAAGCACAUGACUGUUCAUGAAAAGGUGAGCACAAUUUACAAGUGCAAUCAUUGUUCAUUCAAGUCUAUACGUCUGAGUCAUUUACGCAGGCAUGAAUUAACACAUAGUUCCGCAAUCCAUUCAUGCUCUUACUGUCACUAUCAGACAAAUGACAUUAAGUUUCUUCGUAAGCAUGCCAAAAUCAAACAUAGUGGACAUGCAAAAUCAGACAAAGGCUCUUCACUUGUCUUGAGCUGUCCACAUUGCAGUUAUCAGACCACAAAGCAGCACUACUAUGACAGGCAUCAACGUUUACACUGUUCCAAGCGAGGGUUCAUCCAUCAGUGUGAGCAAUGCUGUUACAAAACACACCGUCGAGAACACUAUGUGCGACAUGUUACUAGUGUUCAUGGUGAGCAACGACCCUAUCUCUGUCAUGUCUGUGGAAAAGCCUUCAAACGAGGAGAUGCUUUGCAACAACAUCACCAGACCCAUUCCGAAGUGCAGUCUGAAAAUGCUAACUACAAAUGCUCCAUUUGUGAAAAACAGUUCCGAUCUCAGUCCCACCUUUUUGAACAUAAAGCUGUACACUCAGAGUACAGAUCAUUCCUUUGCGAAAUCUGUGGCGCUUCAUUUAAAACGCGAUCAGUUCAUCGUAAGCAUGUGCAGAGCAUUCACCGUAAUCCACGCUCAUUUUCAUGCGAUGUGUGCUGUAAGAAAUUCAGUACUCAGUACACUUUGAAAAGACAUAAGAAGAUACACACCGUAAAAUCUGGUAUAAUUCCAAAAUCCUUAUUGAACAGUUCUACAACAACUGAGAUUGACACAUCUUUGAAGAAUUUCUUCCCUGAAACUGUCACAAUUCCAAGCAUUUCUGCCCCUUUAACAGUUGAUUCUCAUGCCUCUGUAUUACCACCCACUGUUUGCCCUGUUUCAUUACCAACUACUGGUUGUGCUGCAUCACUCCCAACACCCACUAUAUCAGUCGGAACAUCAGAGGUUUUACCUAUGGUCACACCUCCUGUAAUUCAGCCCACAGAGCCAACUACUAUUCUUUAUUUGACAAACACCUUGCAACAACUUUAAAAAGGUCUCUGAAAAGUAUAUUAUAAUGCAUGUUGUAAAUAGUCAUUUAUGACAUUCAGUUUAUGUUUUAAGUGUAAUAUUUGUAAAAAAUUGAUGUUGUAAAAGUUUUGUGUCCAUACAUUUAUUUAUUUUUUCCUCAUUGUUCAAUUGUCAUUAUUGUGUUGUGCAGCUGAGACAAUGCACAAAUUUUUGAAUAGUGUUUUAUCCUUUAUAGAAGUUAGUUAGAAUAUUUAGACUUUCAUGUACGAAGUUUUUAGACAGAUUUUAUAUAUGUGUUGCCAUUUAAAGUUUUUAAGUAAUAAUUAUAAAUUCGGGAUUUUUCUUUCUUUAAGUAAAAUCAUUUAAUAGAGCUUCACCAAUUAUAAAAGGUGUUUUUGCUGCUAAUUCCAAAUUGGCUUUAAUCAUUUUGACAAACGAAGAACUGCUUUUCCAGGGCUGAAAUAUAGAUUCAUUGUUAAUGGUAUAACUUAAUUCCAUUUACCAAUUCUUUCGUAAAAGUUCUGUAUAUCUUAAAUUGGUCCUAUUCUUAGAAGCGAAAAGAUUCUUUUUCUAGUCCCCCUGCCAAAUAAUGAGACAUGAAAGUUUGAAACUUUUGAUUUUAAAAAUAUAAAGUAUAGGCCAUUAUAACUUGGAUAGUUUAAACACAUUUUAAUGGUUUUGAAGCAUUUUUUUUUUCUAAUUUAAUAAUGCACAAAUAAAUUUUUGUAGUACUGGUUAAUUUUUUAUUUCAAUUUCAUAUAAUAUAAAAGGUUUGUAUCAAAAACUGAUACUAAUCUAAUAAAAUGCUGUGCGUCAUUAAAAAAAAUCA